AUGGCUCGCAGGAACUUGUAUGUGCGGGCGGCGCAGGCACGGACCCCUCCAGCACGGGAUGGGGAACCUGAUUUGGCUAUCAGGCCAGAUUAUGGGGCAGAGCAAGAAGAGCUGGUGCUGCAGAUGCCAAGUGCCGCCAGUGUCAUAAUCGGUCACCCGCUGGACACGGUCAAGACUCGCCUGCAGGCUGGCAUCGGCUACAGGAACACCCUGGACUGUAUCUACACAGUGUACAGGAGGGAGAGUGUCUUUGGCUUCUUCAAGGGCAUGUCCUUCCCCCUGGCCAGCAUCGCCAUCAAUAACUGCUUGGUGUUUGGGGUCUUCAGUAACACCAUGCGGUUCCUCAGCCAGCGCCACAGCAGUGAGUACGAGGCCAGCCCACCCAGUGCCUUGUCCCACCUGCUUCUGGCCAGCAUGGUGGCGGGGUUGGUGUCCGUGGGGCUGAGCACGCCCGUGGACCUCAUCAAAAUCCGGCUGCAGAUGCAAACACGGCCAUUUCGGGAAGCCCGCCCAGGUUCGCCGGCCAGGAAGGCAGCCCUCGGGGAGCGGGCAGCCUACCAGGGGCCUGUGCACUGCCUCACUACCAUCGUGCGCACCGAGGGCCUCACCGGGCUGUACCGGGGCCUUAGCGCCAUGCUUCUGCGGGACAUCCCUGGCUACUGCCUCUACUUCAUCCCCUAUGUGUUCAUCAACGAGUGGCUGACACCGGAGGGCGGCACGGGCCCCAGCCCCUACUCCGUGUGGCUGGCUGGCGGCGUGGCAGGAGCAAUUUCUUGGGGGACAGCUACUCCUAUGGAUGUCGUGAAAAGUCGACUCCAAGCUGACGGGGUUUACGUGACCAAAUACAAAGGCGUCCUGGAUUGUAUCUCCCAGAGUUAUGGGAAGGAAGGCCUGAAAGUAUUUUUCAGAGGUGCCACGGUCAACAUGGUCCGGGGCUUCCCCAUGAGUGCCGCCAUGUUCCUGGGCUACGAGCUCUCGCUGAAGGCCUUCCGCGGGAACCAGGGGGUGCCCAGCCCCUAGCGCCAGGAAGGAAGCAGAAGCAGACAAGACGAGAGAAUUGG